GCCAACAAAAUCCCUGCCCAGAAACAUUUCAGAAGCAGGUGAUGUAAGCUAAAUGAACCGCUUACACUGGCUGGGCUCUUCCAGCGCUGGCAGCGCUGCGUACCGAUAACAUGAUAUCACACAUAAUCUCGUGUUUGUUUACAUGCUAACUAGCUAACGUUUCAAAACUAACAUUACGCGUGAGGCGUCAUUCAGCUUUGACCACGUUAUCGCCCAGACAGGCUAACGUUAUGGUGCCAUAAACAACAGAAAGUAAGAGUAAUUUAAAUUAAGCUAGAGCUGCCCUGCUUUCAGAUGACCAGGACUAAUAUACAGUUUUAAUAAAUGAUAUCUAAAAGGGGUAGCUACAUCGCGUUAAUUAGCCAACUAGCUACGUAACGUUAGUUCCGAGCAUUGACAGGUCCCCAGGCGGGCGAAAGCCUGCGUGCUGUGUCCACUGCACUGCCCUUUUCACACUAUUCGGUGAGACAGGACGGACUGCAGUGAAAGAGAAAGAAAGCCAAGAGGAAGGCAAGGCGAUGACAACACUACAAGACACAGAGGAUGCCAGUGAAACAGACCUUGCCAAGCAUGACGAGGAUGACUAUGUGGAAAUCAAAGAACAAAUGUACCAAGACAAACUGGCCUCCCUGAAAAGACAGCUGCAGCAGUUACAAGAAGGUACACUGCAGGAGUAUCAGAAGAGGAUGAAGAAGCUGGACCAGCAGUACAAAGAGAGACUCCGAAAUGCAGAUCUGUUUCUCCAACUGGAAACAGAGCAGGUGGAGAGGAACUACAUCAAGGAGAAGAAGGCAGCGGUGAAGGAGUUUGACGAUAAAAAGGUGGAACUGAAGGAAAACCUAAUUGCAGAGCUGGAGGAAAAGAAGAAGAUGAUUGAGAACGAAAAAUUAACAAUGGAGCUGACAGGGGACUCAAUGGAGGUAAAACCUAUCAUGACUCGGAAGCUGAGGAGACGGCCCAAUGAUCCAGUCCCAAUACCAGACAAACGAAGAAAACCUGCACCAGCUCAGCUAAAUUAUUUGUUAACAGAUGAGCAGAUAAUGGAAGAUCUAAGAACACUUAAUAAGCUUAAGUCACCAAAACGGCCAGUGUCUCCCUCGUCCCCAGAGCACGUCCCCUCGGCUCCCCUGGAGAACCCUUCCCAGCGUUACGAGGCCCGCAUCGAGGAGGGGAAACUUUACUACGACAAAAGAUGGUACCACAAGAGCCAGGCCAUCUACUUAGAAUCAAAGGACAACACAAAGAUUAGCUGUGUCAUCAGCUCAGUGGGGACAAAUGAGAUUUGGGUGAGGAAGACAAGUGACAGUACAAAGAUGAGGAUCUACCUGGGGCAGCUGCAGAGAGGAGCAUUUGUCAUCCGUCGACGGUCGGCAGCAUGAAGCAUUACCUCACCCCUCCUCACCCAAACCCCCCAUCACUUCAUUUAUCCAUUCAUCCACCUGCUCAUUCAUCCACCGUUUCCCUAUUUGGUGCAUCUCAGUUGAGUAUGACAUGUGGCCUCUACAUCAUACACCCCACCCCCCACGACACAAGCAUAGACACACACAAACAGUUUUCCAUGGCCAAGGAUAUCUCAUCACAUUUGUUCUGUUUUUCCACAUCAAACAAAUGCGUGUACAGUUAAAAGCGGUUAUAUACACAACUGACUGUUUCCCAGCAUUAUUUGUCACUAUGUGGCAUGUGUGUGAAGGCAGUUAGUGGUCAUAAAGGAGGCUACUUUGAUAGUUGUCUCAUGCUGUCAACAGAAAUCUUUUCUACACCAUGCAGUUUUACUUACAUUUAUCAUUAAGUUAUUUUUCUUGAACAGCCUCGUGUUGACCCGCAGAAACAGCCUUCAAGCCUUUCAAACUGUCUUCACUGGUGACUUGUAACAAAGCAAGCCCUGAAAAACCUUCUUGACAGGAUUUGUGGUAUUAUUUCUACAAAAAAAACACAGAUUUGGCCUGGACCUGUCUAAUCAAAUUGCAUCUGUUGAGAUGAGGAAUUGCUUCAGGUUUGAUUGAAUAUGAUUAAACCUUCAAGUGAAGAGUUUAGUUUCCUUAUAACCAGGUAUCAUGCCAUUUUCAACAUU